UUGGACAAAUUUGGCCCAAUUGGAAAUGGGUAUAAAUGUAUUUCCAAAGCCGUCCAUGAUUGGAUCAGAUCAGACGAAAUCACAAUGGCCAAUGGGCUCCUUGUGCCAACGUCAUUGUUCAUCCUCUUACUUUCUCUCGUCCAAUCACAUCCUUACACGUCACCGUCAACGAUCCAGCUCCCCUGCGACGGAGACGGCGCCGUGUCCGUCACUGAUUUCGGCGCCGUUGGCGACGGCGUCCAGUACGAUACCACUGCAAUUCAGUCCGCCAUAGACGCCUGCCACAGCCACCGCAUCUCAUCCUCCGUCUGCCGCGUCGUCUUCCCUCCCGGGAAUUACCUGACCGCGACGGUGCGUCUCCGAUCAGGCGUGGUGCUCGAUGUGACGGAGAAGGCGGUGAUACUUGGGGGACCGAGAAUCGCGGACUAUCCGGCGGAGAAUUCGUCGGGAUGGUACGUGGUGGUGGCGGAGAACGCGACGGACGUGGGGAUCACAGGCGGAGGAGCGAUCGAUGGGCAGGGAUCGAAGUUCGUGGUGAGAUUCGAUGAGAGGAAGAACGUGAUGGUGAGUUGGAACCAGACCGGCGCUUGCUUAGGGGACGAGUGCAGGCCUCGAUUGUUAGGGUUCGUCGAUUCCAGAAACGUUCGAAUCUGGAACGUCACUCUCCGAGAGCCUGCUUACUGGUGCUUGCACGUUGUGAGGUGUGAGAACACGACCAUCCACGACGUAUCCAUUAAUGGAGAUUUCAACACUCCGAACAACGAUGGCAUAGACAUUGAGGAUUCGAACAAUACCCUAAUCACCAGAUGUCACAUCGAUACCGGCGACGAUGCGAUCUGUCCCAAGACUUACACUGCUCCUCUCUACAACUUGACCGCCACCCACUGUUGGAUCCGCACCAAAUCUUCCGCCAUCAAGCUCGGAAGCGCCAGCUUGUUCGAGUUCAAGGGCCUCCUGUUCGAUAACAUCACCAUCGUCCAGUCCCACAGAGGCCUCGGAAUGCAGAUUCGUGACGGAGGGAACGUGAGAGAUGUUACGUUCUCGAACAUAAACAUCAGUACCAGAUACUAUGAUCCGUCAUGGUGGGGAAGAGCAGAGCCAAUCUACAUAACGACAUGCCCUCGAAACUCCGCAACAAAGGAAGGUUCAAUCUCAAACCUUUUGUUCGUGAACAUAACCGCUGAUUCAGAGAACGGCGUCUUCUUGUCGGGAUCCUCAAACGGGCUGCUCUCCGACAUAAAGUUCAUGAACAUGAACUUCACAUUCAGAAGAUGGACGAAUUACAGCGCGGGAUUGGUGGAUUACAGACCCGGAUGCCGAGGUCUGGUGAAUCAUAAGGCCACGUCUGGGAUAAUCAUGGAACAUGUAAAAGGAUUCAGUGUUGAGAAUGUUAACAUGAGAUGGUCUGAUGGUCCUGUCUCUGCUUGGAAUGUUCCUCUGGAGUUUAGUCCCUCGACUGUGGAUAAUGUCUCGUUCCUUGGCUUCAGUUCUGGUCACUCAUAAGAUUGAUUCUGUGCGUACGUUUUUUUAUUGGUUAUGAAUCGGUAUCGGUUUGGUUUCAAUCGGUUCAAUUUGGAUUGGAAAAACAUUGAUUUGAAUUAGUCCC